UCCAAGUUCUGGCAGGAGCCGUUGACGACCAUUGCGUGUUCGACUCGCGGCCGUCGAUCCAUCCAGCUGCUUUCGCUUCGCGAUCCCCGUGGUUGCCAUGGCGAUCGCCGUCCCUUCCCUCCUCCUGCUCGCCUUCUCCUUCGUCCUCCCGGAAGCCCGGUCGAGCGCCCUCCCGCGGCAACCUCACGCGCUGCCGUCGUUCAAUCUGAGUUACAUCCAGAAAGUGGGAAGCUGCUCUUACACGGUCGUCAUCGCCACGAGCUGCUCUUCUCCCUCGUACACGCGGGACCAGAUCAGCAUAGCCUUUGGCGAUGCUUACGGCAAUCAGAUCUAUGCCCCGAGGCUGGACGAUCCAUCGACCAGAACAUUUGAAGGAUGUUCUUCCGACACAUUUGAGAUAAAUGGGCCGUGCGCGUACCAGAUAUGCUACGUAUAUUUCUACAGGAGCGGACCGGACGGUUGGAAACCCGAUAGCGUGGAGAUCUACGGGGACAAUUCUAAGGCGGUUAAGUUUUACUACCGCACCUUCAUUCCAAGUGACAUUUGGUACGGAUUCAAUCUCUGCAACAGUGCUGCUUCUUCUGGUGGACAACCUAACUACAGAUUCUUUAUGCAUGUCGCGUUUGGAUUCUUAAUCAGUGCGUUCCUGUACUUCUGUAGUUAGACUUCUCUGUGUUCCCUUUGCGCUUUGUUGAUGUGCAUAUCACCAUGUAUUGUUCACGAAUCAAUUGCAAACCAUGCCUCUGAAUUGGCAUCUUAGACUGAAGUUAUGUACAGUAAUUAUGGUGAACUAGUCAUCUUUGGUAUUGAAACCCAAUAAGAGAGUCGCUGCCGGUCCUUCUCUUA